AUCACAUUAUACUGCAUUUGUGUUUAUAUUUCCAACAACAUCCUCACCAGAAGUGUGAUGACACCACAGUUCAGAUCAACCUACCAACAACAACAUCCUUGCCAGAAGUGUGAUGACACCACAGUUCAGAUCAACCUACCAACAACAACAUCCUUGCCAGAAGUGUGAUGACACCACAGUUCAGAUCAACCUACCAACAACAACAUCCUCACCAGAAGUGUGAUGACACCACAGUUCAGAUCAACCUUCCAACAACAACAUCCUCACCAGAAGUGUGAUGACACCACAGUUCAGAUCAACCUUCCAACAACAACAUCCUCACCAGAAGUGUGAUGACACCACAGUUCAGAUCAACCUACCAACAACAACAUCCUCACCAGAAGUGUGAUGACACCACAGUUCAGAUCAACCUUCCAACAACAACAUCCUCACCAGAAGUGUGAUGACACCACAGUUCAGAUCAACCUACCAACAACAACAUCCUCACCAGAAGUGUGAUGACACCACAGUUCAGAUCAACCUACCAACAACAACAUCCUCACCAGAAGUGUGAUGACACCACAGUUCAGAUCAACCUACCAACAACAACAUCCUCACCAGAAGUGUGAUGACACCACAGUUCAGAUCAACCUACCAACAACAACAUCCUCACCAGAAGUGUGAUGACACCACAGUUCAGAUCAACCUUCCAACAACAACAUCCUCACCAGAAGUGUGAUGACACCACAGUUCAGAUCAACCUUCCAACAACAACAUCCUCACCAGAAGUGUGAUGACACCACAGUUCAGAUCAACCUACCAACAACAACAUCCUCACCAGAAGUGUGAUGACACCACAGUUCAGAUCAACCUUCCAACAACAACAUCCUCACCAGAAGUGUGAUGACACCACAGUUCAGAUCAACCUACCAACAACAACAUCCUCACCAGAAGUGUGAUGACACCACAGUUCAGAUCAACCUACCAACAACAACAUCCUCACCAGAAGUGUGAUGACACCACAGUUCAGAUCAACCUACCAACAACAACAUCCUCACCAGAAGUGUGAUGACACCACAGUUCAGAUCAACCUACCAACAACAACAUCCUCACCAGAAGUGUGAUGACACCACAGUUCAGAUCAACCUACCAACAACAACAUCCUCGCCUCUUCUUCAGAGUAAAUUAUUGACUACAAUGUUACCAACACCAGAAGAGAGGCACAAGAUUCAAGAAGCCACCAUUUACAACCCAUACCUUCCUCUGGGGUCGGCAGAACAGUGUCUUAUGAUGCUGUCGUCCAUAUCUGAACUUCCCGCCAGAUUAAAACUCUGGAUCUUUAAGCUAGACUAUGAGAACAUGGAGAAGGUCACCUUGCCUCGGUGGAAUAUGGCCAGUUCAUUGAAAAAAAAAAAAUUCAGAUGUGUAGAAGAGCAUUUUGUUGUUAUUAUUUUCAUAAAAAACAGCCAAACUUCUCAACAAACUGUUAGUGAGUCAAAUUGUUGGAGUCCACAGCUAUGUUGUGACUGAAGUCAUUGAACAUUUGAGUCGAGGCUGCUAACAACAAUCACAAUGUGGAGCAUUUUUUUUGUAACCUAUUUGGUUUUUGUGUUUCAUUGGCAGCUGUUACAUUAUGAAUGAUAUCUACAACUGUUAUUGAUAAGUAUUGCAAUUAGAAGGGAAAGACAGUAUAAUUAAAAGAAAUUACCAGUAGUGACUCACUUUUUACCUGGAAGACACAUUCAGCUGGGAGAUGAAGGGAAUGAGAUUAUACAGCGCCUGGGGGGGGGAUAUGUGGAAGGCAU